AUGUCAGUCGAACGGUGUCGGUGCAGUCUUAUCGUCCUACUAGCCAGUUUAAUGAUCGCAUCAUGCGCACAAGUAGAAGAUCCGUGCAAAAUCAAAUCUCGUGUAGUAGCUGAUGACAAAUACUGUGACAAGUUCUGGGAGUGCGAGAACGGUCAAUCUGUGCAGUAUGACUGCCCCAAUGGACUGGUCUUCGCGGGGAAGCAUAGAGGAGUGACGGAGGGUUGUGAUUAUCCAUGGAGAUCGAACUACUGCGAAUACCCUAAAGUACAGAUAAAUCCGCCAAUCGGUACUGAGCAUUGUGACUGGCUGUACGGCAUCUUCGGACACGAAACCUCUUGCACGAGAUAUUGGACGUGCUGGAACGGGACUGCGACUGAGCAACUCUGCAUUGGCGGUCUUCUGUAUAAUGAGAACGCACACUCUUGUGAUUGGCCUGAAAAUGUUGAUGGCUGUCAAAAACAUCCUCUUUGCAACGAAGAUCCCAACGGUAACGUGCCUCUCGGCAAGUCUUGCAAUAGGUACUGGCAGUGCCAAGGCGGAUACCCUCGUCUCCAGAGAUGCCCAGCCAUGUUGGUGUUCGAUAGACGUUCAUUAAGAUGUGUAGUGCCGCCUACUGAGGAGUGCGAUAUACCUACUACAACACCAGCUCCGAUUGACUACGAAGAGGAGUUGAGACAGAGUCCCCAGCAUCAAUCGAAGAGGCCAACGCACAACGAGCAACAAGAUUCCCAGGGACAAAGUCGUCAAAGGGCUAAAAAU